AGAAGAAAGAAAAAGUAAACACUUGGCAGCUGACACUCGGAAGAUAAAACGCACAUAGUCCAAUAUCAUUGGCGAGGUGCACCUAAGGUUAGUAGUCCAGAGUCCGGAGGCCUGGUCCCCCACCUGCACGCACGCGGUUCGGAUCUUUCUAGCAGGACACUUUCCGCGACUCCCAAGGAGACAAAAAGAAGAUGCAUUGGACUAAAAUGAAGAAAGACGAGCUGGAGCGGCAGUAUUCACCCAGCAGGUGGUCGCACAGGAUGUCGGCCGACGACGUGAUCGAGGACCACGUGAAGGCUAUGAAGGAAGGUACGGAGCGAGCUCGAGGGCUGGCUCAAACGUUGCUCAACGUGCCGUACGGGGAGGGCGAUGGAGAGAAACUAGACGCCUACAUACCCAGCACCAACUCCUUGGAUGUUCCCCUCGUUAUUUACAUCCAUGGGGGAUACUGGCAGUUUCUCAGCAAGGAGCAGUCAGGGUUCAUGGCUGUUCCACUCGUUGAUAAAGGUGUGGUGGUGGUUGCUGUUGGUUAUGACACCGCUCCCAAAGGCAGCAUGGAUCUGAUGGUAUCUCAAGUACGCAGAAGUGUCGUGUCCAUCGUCCAGCAGUAUUCCCACAUCAGCGGUCUGUACCUGUGUGGCCACUCCGCUGGGGCUCACCUGGCUGCAAUGGUCCUCUCCACCGACUGGUCGCAGUACAGCAUCGCUCCUCAGAUAAAAGGUGCAUUCCUUGUUAGUGGCGUAUAUGACCUCCUGCCCAUCCUGUCCACCUACGUCAACGAGCCUUUGAAGAUGACAGAGGAGGUGGCGUUGAGGAACAGCCCCAGCAAACUGCUCCCUCAGCUCAAACUCUCCUCCUCCAGCUGCCACAUCGUCGUGGCCGUUGCGGAGAACGACUCGCCCGAGUUUCGCAAGCAGUCGGGGGAAUACUACAAAACUUUGGAGGCAUUGGGACUUAAUGUGACCAUGGAGGAUGUGGCCAACACCGACCACUUCAACAUCAUUGAGCAGCUGGUAGACGAACAGUACCAACUAACAAAGCUUCUGUUGAAGACAAUGGGGAAGAGCUGAGCUAGAGGUCUUUGUUCCAUCAUCAUACAUCUGCACCUCCAGAUCAUACACAGUGAUAAUACAUGCAUUAUUUAAGCUUUGUACAACGGUGAUUGCACCAUUUGUCAUAGACACUUGUUCAGUGUGUGUGUGUGUGUCAGAAAACCGUUUCAUGACAACAUCGACCGCAUUGAAAAAUGAAAGCCGAGUCACUUCAAGGGUGCUGAUUCUAGCAAAUGACACCGCUGCCAAACCUGCUUGGGUGGAAAUAGAUUAUUUAACGACCAUUGGGCCCAAAGUUAUCAUGGGGAAGUUCUGUUCCUCCACCAGUGGUCAGAUAAGUAGAUUAUUGUUGUACUACAGUGGUUAUUUUGAUGAAAUGUGCUUUGGAUUUGUAGUUAAUUAUUUUAUUUUGUCCAUGGGAUUGUACUUGUUGUACACCUUUUUGUAUGAAAAUUGCUUUUGAGUCAUUUAUAUGAAUAUAUAUGAUGUCAUUCUUCAUGAUAAAUGUGUUUUGAAUAAGUUGAAUUUGUUGUUUGAGAGCAGACGAGUCUGUUCCUGUCCACGUUUAAUCCGAUUCAGCGACUGGGUGGUUUAAUAGCAGAUUUAUGUUGUGUGUCGUGAUCUGAUGAUUGGCGGGUCAGACUAUAUAGGGUAUCCUUUGGGGGCUCGUCCGGUGUUUCCAGUUUUUGACUGCUGUUUAGUAUCAUGUUACGCUCUGUUUGGAUGUAUGUGUGAAACGUCUGAUUUAAAGCAUAAGGUGGCAAAUAAAUGGACUCAUUUGCAUCUUAACUGAAAA